AUGGCUCUCCAACAGGCUGACAGAGCCGGCAGAGCGGGGAGGGGGCAGGGAGAGCGUCAGGACAGUGACGUUGUUGAGGAGAGAAACGCCCAGGUGCAGCUGGAGAAGGCCAAGUACAAGCCUGUGGCAUUCGCUGUACGUUGCAACUUCUCUUACACGCCAGCAGACGACGACAACGUCCCUGUGCCGGGCCAGGCCGUCACCUUCGAGGCCAGAGACUUCUUACACGUCAAAGAGAAGUUUAACAAUGACUGGUGGAUCGGCCGGCCGGUGAAGGAGGAUGGUGUGGUGGGCUUCAUCCCCAGUCCAGUCAAUCUGGAAACCAUUCUCAUCAGAAGAGAAGUCCAGGCGAGGAAAGCUGCCAAGGCCUUAGCCAACAAAGCAGCAUCUCAAGCAGCUCAAGAUCUGAACUCAAAGAAAUAUACUCCUCCAUCACAAGCCACUCAGCAGGUGAAAAAGAAGCCGGGGGAGCAGGUGGCCAUGUAUGAUGUUGUGCCUACAAUGCGUCCUGUGGUUCUAAUGGGACCGUCACUGAAGGGCUUAGAGGUUACUGAUAUGAUGCAAAAAGCGCUAUUUGACUUUUUAAAGCAUCGAUUUGAAGGCAGAAUAACUAUCACACGGGUCACAGCAGACAUCUCUCUGGCUAAACGUUCCAUCCUUAACAACCCUGGCAAAAAGGCCUUAAUGGACCGGUCCAACACCCGAUCCAAUUUAGAUGCUGCCGCCCAGAUCCAGGGGGAGGUGGAGCGUAUCUUUGAGCUGGCCCGCAGCUUGCAGCUGGUGGUUUUAGACGCAGACACAGUCAACCACCCCAUGCAGGUGUCCAAGACCUCCCUGGCUCCAAUCCUUGUAUACGUCAAGAUCUCCUCACCAAAAGUGUUGACGAGACUGAUCAAAACUAGAGGGAAAUCUCAGACCAAACAUCUCAAUGUUCAGCUUGUGGCAGCAGAUAAGCUCGCCCAAUGUCCACCGGAAAUGUUUGAUGUGAUCUUAGAUGAGAACCAGCUGACAGAUGCCUGUGAGCACAUUGCUGAUUACCUGGAGUCCUACUGGAGAGCCACUCAUCCUCCAGAGAUGGAGCCUGCCAACGCACUGGUGGCCCAUCUGGCUGAGAACACACUGCCAGCCAACCCUUCAGCAAUACCGGAUGAGCAGAAAAACAAGAAAUCUGCUGCCCCCAAGAGGAAGGGCUCCCGUGAGAACCACCUAGACCAGGAGCCCCCUUCAGCCCCAGCUCAGGAGCACAGGGCUGAGGAGGGUCAAAGAGAGGAGGAGGAGCGACUCCUGAGGACCGAACCAAAGAGACCCCAGCACACCCACCACCACCACCAUCACCACCACCACCGCCGGAUGGAGCACCACAGAGACACCCAGCACAGCCAAACAUCCGGCGGUAUGGAUAUACAGUCGAGCAGGGACUAUAGCCAGAGGCUUCCCCGUAGGCACCUGCCUGAGGAGAGGGAGGACGAGUUGGCGGAUGUGGUGGAGGAGGACGAGGAGGAGACUUACUACAACCACCGAGGCCAUAACCACCACCAUCACAACAGCAACCACCACCAUCACCACCAUCACCACCAUCAACAUCACCGUGGGAACAGCCAGCCACAAGUCGAGGACGACUACGAGCAGGAGCACAAUGAACGCAAUCGGCAGCACAGGCAUCACCAGCAUGUACCACCACGGACACACCACACCGAUCACUAUCCUGUACACAAUCACCACAGCUACCACCACUACCACGGCAGAGACAGAGACAGAGACAGAGACAGAGACAGAGAUAGAGAUAGAGACAGAGAUAGAGACAGAGAUGGCCGGCAGUGGCACAGAGAUUCUUAUAUCCACCAGUGA